AUGUACACAACAGAGGUAAGGGAGCUGGCAACAGAGGUAAGGGAGCUGGCAACAGAGGUAAGGGACCUGGCAACAGAGGUAAAGGAGCUGGCAACAGAGGUAAGGGAGCUGGCAACAGAGGUAAGGGAGCUGGCAACAGAGGUAAGGGAGCUGGUAACAGAGGUAAGGGAGCUGGCAACAGAGGUAAAGGAGCUGGCAACAGAGGUAAGGGAGCUGGCAACAGAGGUAAGGGAGCUGGCAACAGAGGUAAAGGAGCUGGCAACAGAGGUAAGGGAGCUGGCAACAGAGGUAAGGGAGCUGGCAACAGAGGUAAAGGAGCUGGCAACAGAGGUAAGGGAGCUGGCAACAGAGGUAAGGGAGCUGGCAACAGAGGUAAGGGAGCUGGCAACAGAGGUAAGGGAGCUGGCAACAGAGGUAAGGGAGCUGGCAACAGAGGUAAGGGAGCUGGCAACAGAGGUAAGGGACCUGGCAACAGAGGUAAGGGACCUGGCAACAGAGGUAAGGGACCUGGCAACAGAGGUAAGGGACCUGGCAACAGAGGUAAGGGACCUGGCAACAGAGGUAAGGGACCUGGCAACAGAGGUAAGGGAGCUGGCAACAGAGGUAAGGGACCUGGCAACAGAGGUAAGGGACCUGGCAACAGAGGUAAGGGACCUGGCAACAGAGGUAAGGGACCUGGCAACAGAGGUAAGGGACCCGGCAAUACAGUCAUGCGGUCACUUGAAUACCAAAGUUACACGAAAAGGGUCAAAGGUUGAUGAAUACCAUCGAGGCACCGGAACGAGCCGAGGUGAGUAA